UCUCUUCUGAGAUAUAUCUCUCCGCCGCAGCAGCCUCGCUAACGGGCGCACCUAGGGUUUUCGGUUCCGACCUCGCGCCGCCGCCAGGACACUCGGACCGACGGAGGAGGAAGCUACAGCUCGGCAGCCAUGGUGAACGUUCCGAAAACCAAGAAGACCUACUGCAAGAACAAGGAAUGCAGGAAGCACACCCUGCACAAGGUUACCCAGUACAAGAAAGGAAAGGAUAGCCUUUCAGCUCAAGGGAAGCGUCGUUAUGACCGCAAACAGUCAGGAUAUGGUGGUCAGACAAAGCCUGUUUUCCACAAGAAGGCCAAGACAACAAAGAAGAUUGUGCUGAAGCUGCAGUGCCAGAGCUGCAAGCACUACUCGCAGCACCCGAUCAAGAGGUGCAAGCACUUCGAGAUCGGUGGCGACAAGAAGGGCAAGGGAACCUCUCUCUUCUAAGCUGAUGAUAAACUUGUUCUUAGCCCCAGGUCAUCUGCCAGAAGUUACCAUUUGGAAUGUUCUAUGUUAUCCUUAUAUAGGGAGAUACAUCAGAUGGGAACCCACUGGAGUGAUACAAGAUAUAUCUUGUGCUUUGUGUCUGAAUCAGCUGUUUUGUCAGAUAAAUUUGGUACAAUAUAGUUUGUACGAGACCAAAUGAUGAAUAUGCUAUUAUGUUCGAGCUCCGGAUCUUU